AUGGACUCCAUCGCGGAACUUGUGGCAAAACAUGCAUCACUGGCUGGCAACAUCUCAACGCACAUGGAGGAAGUGGCACGGUGGGAUGAAGGUGUCAGCCUGGCGCCCGCAGCCGAGAAGGCGUCUCAAUAUGAAGUGCCAGGCGGGCGGCUUGUUGCGACAUACACUCUUGCUGCGCAAGGCAAGCUCAACUACAAUGUUGAUCUGGAAUACCACACUGUCUUCGACCGAAAUGAAAGCGAGAAAGCUCUUGAUGCCAACGUACUCAGUGAGCUCCUGGAAUCGACGCAUCGGGAAGUAGAUUGCCAAGUGUGCUAUAAUCUGAUGCUCGAUCCUGUCACCACUCCUUGCGGACACACACUGUGCCGAAAAUGCCUUGCAAGGACUCUGGAUCAUGCGUGCCAUUGUCCCGUCUGUCGACGAGGCUUGGCAAUACCACCGUCUCUGCACUCCCAAGCCAGCAACAAGACCAUAGUCGACCUGCUGAAUGGUCUCUGUCCCGACGUCGUAACGACUCGUGCAGAAGCAGUUGCACUGGAAGAGCGACCUGGCGAGGGAGAACUGGAUACACCACUAUUCAUAUGCACAUUGGGCUUUCCGAAUCAGCCGACCUUCCUUAGAAUAUUCGAGCCCAGAUAUCGACUAAUGUUGCGACGCUGUAUGGAAGGCAAUCGAGAGUUUGGGAUGCUGAUGUACAAUCGAUAUUAUGAGCCGCAAGGCGACCUAGGCCCGGUUCACUUUUACCACUACGGUACAAUGCUACGGAUCUUGCACGCUCAGACACUUCCAGACGGCACCAGCCUGGCGGAGAGUCGAGGCAUGUAUCGCUUCAGAAUCAAGGCACACGGUGUGAUAGAUGGCUACGCUGUUGGUAGAGUAGAGCGGCUGGAAGAUGUCGCAUUGGCAGACGAGGAACGUGCGGAAGCAGACGACAUUGCACUCCCACCAGUGGAGGAAAAUGAUGUAUAUGGACAAGUCAAUCGCAUGCCCACUCGCGACCUCCUGGCGCUAGGUCACGAAUUCAUCUCACGAAUGCAGGCCCGGAGCGCACCCUGGCUCCAACAACGUGUGCUCGAUAUCCAUGGACAGCCUCCGGACGAUGCUGCUCUGUUUCCAUAUUGGUUUGCCAGUGUGCUACCGAUCAGUGACGAGGAAAAGUACAAACUCAUGCCCACAACGACCGUGCGAGAACGACUGAAAAUCACCGCCAAUUGGAUACGGCGUAUAGAGUCACAACGAUGCAUGUCGUUGAAGCAAGAGAUAGAGACAUGGGUGGCUGCCCUAGCCGCCUACGACAACAACGAGUUUGAGAGCGCACAACGAUGCUUCUCGCAGAUUGCAGAUACGUCGAAGAUAUUGUUCAAUAUGGGAGUGAUACACGCGACACUGGGUGAACAUGGUUUGGCUGUGGACUGCUACCAACGUGCCGUGCAACUGGAUCAGUAUCUGGCCGUGUCCUACUUUCAACAGGGUGUCAGCAAUUUCUUGAUGGGCGACUUCGAAGAGGCAUUGGCCAAUUUCAACGAUACUCUGCUCUACCUGCGCGGCAACAACAGUAUCGACUACGAGCAGCUCGGUCUGAAGUUCAAGCUCUACUCUUGUGAGGUCCUGUUCAACCGUGGCCUGUGCUACAUCUAUCUUCAGCAAAAGGACGCCGGUAUGCAGGACCUCACCUUCGCCGCUCGUGAGAAAGUCGUCCCGGACCAUGAUGUGAUCGACGAGGCCAUUCGAGAACAGGCUGAAGGCUACACCGUCUUCUCCAUCCCUGUUGGUGUCAUAUAUCGACCGAACGAAGCGAAGGUGAAGAACCUCAAGACGAAGGACUAUCUCGGAAAGGCUAGACUGGUCGCUGCUCAGGAUCGACUCAACGUUGACGCAAGACGUCAAGCCGCACUCGCAGCAAUGUCACUAGAUGAUCGACCCGGUGAGAAGCUAUCUUAUGCGGCCCUGAACCUCGUAAGGCCGGACCUACGAAGUCGAUCUGGUCGACAACAAUCAGAGCCACCUUUGAAUCGAAACAUGUUUCCUCCUACUCCACCACCAGAGCUCGACCAUCCCGAUUCAGCACAUGAGAAACGAAAGUCGUCGGACAGCGCAAGUUCGACGCCAUCAAUGCUACAACAAUCUCGGCCUGCCGCAAAGCCCUUGCGCCUCGAGCUCGGCGCGGCAGCCUUCGAGCAAAGAUCUGAGGCCGAAAAGCCACGCCUAGGAAACAAGCGAGCAGCAUCCGAACGACCAGCGAUGCGACGCGAACAUAGCGGCGGCUCAGCACGAAAUAGCGAACACGACCGAAGACAGAAUCAAGCUGUCUCAGCAUCAUAUCGCGACAUGCCAGAGGUAAGAAUCGAAAGUGAUCCGAUCGAAGCCUACAGCCAACAGGCCUACGUCCCGCAGAAGCCAGUCCAUCAACGCACCAGAUCGAGUGCCUACAAAUCACCUCAUCUGCCGAUAUCCGAAGAGGAGGAAGAAGAGGACGAAGUCCACGAUCUAUCAGAUGAACCGCUAGCUUUCGAGAUCGUACCACCACGGAAUACAGCGCAUAGUAGACAUCCAUCGCAAUCACGACGCGGGCCAGAUCUGCGAAACAUACGCAUCAAAGUUCAUGCCGAGGAUAUGCGAUAUGUGAUGACUACACCCACUGUUCGCUACCAAGAACUUGAAGACCAGAUCCGUGCCAAAUUCAGCAUCAAGGGCAACUUCAAGCUCAAAAUCCGGGACGAGGAAGGCGACCUUGUCACGCUAGGCGAUCAGGACGACCUGGAUAUGAUAAUAUCGACUUGCAAAGCUACGGCGGCGAAAGAACGGGCAGAGAUGGGCAAGAUUGAGAUGUGGCUGCAUGAAAUUUGA